AUGAAUCCAGUAAGAGCUAUGACGUGUGACAAGUUUUUCAUUGAUGAUAUCACAUCCUCAGAAAACAAUGGAGCUUUACUUGUACGUGUUAUGAGAGUUUGGAAACCAACUAAUAAGUUCAAUCCUGCUGAAACAACCUCCAUCGAAAUGGUUUUGGUGGAUUCCAAGGGAUCAACCAUCGAGGCACAAGCAAAGAAACAGAGCAUAUCCAAGUUUGAACCGAUGAUUCGAGAAGGACAUACAAAACUUAUUUCCAACUAUGGUGUUACUAUGAAUUACGGUUCUUGGAGAGCCAGACACAAUUGGAAAAUUCAAUUGUACAGGAGUAGACAUGUGAAGGUAGCUAAUCCUUUCGACAUUUUCCCUUAUCCCGUAUUCAACUUUGAACCUUUUGAAAAUCAAGGAGGGAAUGAGAAAAUUAAGGUACUCUUAUGGGAUGACCAUGCUCAACACGUUGUAGACUACUUGGGGCCUGAAAAUAAAACCGAUGUCGUACUCAUUGUCCAGUUUGUGAAAUAUGGAACAUGGAAUGGGCAAUUGUCCAUCACCACCUCAAAGCUUAAUGGCAAAAUCUACAUCGAUAGUGAUAUGGAUGCAAUUAGAGAUUUCAAUGAAAGAAUGGAUAAUUCAAACAACCAGGGAGAUUCCGAAAAGUCGCUCUCCCUCUUAUCGAUAAUGACAUCUUAUGGAGCUCUUGAAACUUUUAUGAAAGAUGCUGAAUUAAGGACUGUGGAUGGCAUCAACAAUAUUGGGGAGGGAACUACCUCUUCCAGCAAUGGAGAUGUCGUAGACUCUGAACUGGUUUUAGAAAUGGAGAAUAUUCCACCUGUCCAGAGCAAAGUGGUUGAUGAUGAAGAAGAUAACUCAUCCAUCAAGAAAAAGGUGGUCAGUGAUGAAGAAGAUGUUACACCAGACAACAAAGAAGUGGUCAAUGUUCCUGCAGAUAAUCCACUACUAAAAUAA